CUGGCAGAGUUCGUGGGCACGAUCUGGUAAGGGGAGGCUGCGAUCUCGGGCCUUGCUAGUUUGCGCUUUGAUGGCUGAUGAGUUCGCGGCCUGACUUCACGGUCGCAAUCCACGAGUCGCGCCCGCAAUCUUUCUCGUGGACUUUGAUGCAGAAAGUCGUGAGUCGAUUAUCAAAACUCUAUGUUACUUCCUUGUUGGCUGCUCCAAAAGUUCACGCCAUAGGCCUCCUUUUUUGCAGUCGUGAUAUUCGCUGCGGAGACUGCGAUCUAAUUGUCCAGCUUUCCGUCCUCUGUCCGGCCAUGAUCUUAUGUGCCUUGGCCGUGAUCCUCAGUUUUUGCACCUUUCUUUACACUUUUGCCCUCUUUUGGUACUUAAAACAUUCAUAUCUUCUAAUACACCCUAAAAAAUACUAAUAUUUUCUCUGAGGAACGAAUAAAGGGUAUAAUUGAUGAUAUAUUAACCAUGAAGACCAUAAAAAGACUCGAAAACAAAACUAAAUAUGAGCUCUAAAUAACACAUUUUGGGUGUUAUCAAGUCCCCCGCACUUAGGUGUUUGCUUGUCCACAAGCAAACCUACUCAAACUAAUACAACUUGAUAAACAAUCAACAUGGUAUGAGAUAUAGUUCUUCGUUGCACGAGUUAGAAUAUCCGUGAGAAUGAGAGGUGUUUGGGGGGAGGGGUUUCAGAAGGUAGUAAAAGAUGAUCGGGAGGCGGUAAAGCAUCCGAACCUCAAACACUUUCUCAAUCGGCAUUCCAGAGCGGGUGAAGAGCCCUUCGACGGCUCAAGUCAAACACUAUGCCGGUUGCUUCUCAUGUAUGAACCUCAAUUUUUUUCAAAGGUGAGCACAUUUUUUCAACGUUUUUUAGUCCAGAAAGUAGAAAAUCCCACACACAUCUCAUACCUAUGUAGCAAACAUGAUCAACUCACCAUUUCCAAAUUUCCUUCCAACAACCUUGUGGGUCAUCCUCCUUAAGCCCAACAACGAAAGCAUAUGAUGAAUGUAGGCAAAAUGUCGAAAACAUUUCAAUCAAUUUUGUAGUCGAUACCAAUUGAACCCAAUUAUACCGGCUGUCAUACUACUAAUUUAGCAACCAUGGGUGCAACCACACCGCAUGCCCACCUCUAAAAAUAGUGAUUAAUAAAACAUUAAAAUGUUAGAGUUGCACAAAACCUAUCGUUUAUCAAACAAUUCAGGGAUGAAAUUAUUAUUACCUGCCAAAAUUUGUGUACUAAACAAUAAUUUGCCGUCGGUGGUGCUGCUGUUAGAACUUGGGGUGGAAAUGGAAUUGCUUCGGAAGUUUUCUCAAUUCACCUGAGUUGCCCUUUCGCCUUUCCGCAUUCCUUCCGAAGCAACCUCUACGAUUCCCUCCGUCGUCGGCGUCAUGUGGGUGGAGAUCCUCUGCGGACUCAUCGUUUACAAGCUCUUCCGCAGCUUCUUCGGCUCCGGCGAUGAUGUUCUAGAUGUCGAGACCUCCGACACCAACGCCGUGUUCAUCGUCGCCAAUCGACUUGAGAAGCUGUAUGGAGGAAAGGUCUAUGUGGGGCUUCGGAUACCAGAUCCUGAUACAGGUUUACGCCAGAGUAUUGAUGUAGUCCUAGUAACAAAAGGGGAGGCAGCAGUGAUUUCUGUCAAGAACUUAUCUGGUUUGGUAUCGAUGAAUGGUGAUGGCAGCUGGGUAUGCGAGGGGGGCAGUGGGCACAAAGCUGAGCAUCUUCCUAAUCCUGUCGAAGAGGUCAAGAAGCAGGCUUCUAUUCUUGAAUCAUAUCUUGAGCAGAGGGGAAUCGCUCUUCCAGAAGGAUAUUUUUCUUACAAAGUUAUACUUCCCAAUCCUAAGUUCAGAACCAUCCAUGCAAGCUACUUUCCAUCUGAGGUGAUUACAUAUGAUCAAUGGACCAUCCUGAAGCCAGAAUCGAAAAGUUUUUCUUUAAGCUGGAUUAAGGGAGCAGUUUAUGGUGGAAAGAAGGAGAAUCAAGAAUCCCUUACUCAGAAACUUAAUUUCAUUCUCAAUUCAGCUCCGAUGUGGGACAGGCUGGAGCUCAAAGGUAGCAAGUAUGUCCUCGGAGAGUUCUUGGAAUUUAAAGGCAAGACAGAAGACACAAUGGCUCUGAAACACGUCAAAAGAUCCAAAGUCAGUCAGCUCGUCGUUCAAAAGACCAGUAUGUUCGGACUAGCUCCUUCGAGGCUCCAAGUGUUGUCCUGUGCUCGUGAUUUUCGUAGCGAAGGUGCCACUUCGUCCGAGUGGAAGGAAGAGACCGUAAGAUCGAGUACAGAAGUCGUGUUUCAGCCUCAGAACUCACCAAAGGUCCGCAAAUUCAAGCUCUCUUCAGUUAUCUCCAUGUCGCUGAGUGCGUGAUAGUGUACUGUAACUGCCUUUGAUCUACCAUACCAGAAUGAUAUAUCAAGCUAUGCCCUCACUAGAGUACUAAUGUCACACCUGUAAGUGGCUGUUAUUUUUUUUUUUUUUACUUCGUCCAGUUAUCUAAGUAUGCUGAACAUAAUCCCAAGAGAUGCAUCCAUCCAUUACUAUAUAACAAACAACUACCUCCAGAGAAAGGAAAGAAAAAACCUUAAAAACCAUAUAAAUAGUAUUUUUUUUUGGGUAAUAGGAACAUUUGUAUAUAGCUUGACUGUAUGCUGAAGCGUUCAUUUCCUCCCUAUACUAUGACAAGAUGAUGGAGCUGCUAACUUCUCAUUACUGAACCGUUAGUAAAUUCUGUUGUUUGCUAGAUGUGAAUGUGAGCUUAAGUAUCCAUUCGAUAUAAAAACCAGUACGAUUG